GUGAGAAAAGAGCCGCCGCACCGGAGAGAAGUGGAUAAACCAGCUGCCUGCCUGUUUUUUGGCGGUGGCUGCCGGAUAUUUUGCUCUGAAUCUUGAAUUGGCUUGACGAGCCGACUUUUAUGCACCAAUGUGAAGGCGAAAACGGAGCACCUCCGCGACGGAAUUGCGUUGCUUCAAAGCAAAUUCCCAAACUGGAUGCUGCUGGUGAGAUGUGACUGGACAGUGACAACUACCCCUACCUCUAUGGAUGACACAUUGUAGCGUGAUUUAAACCUCUAUGCGCAUUUUUUGUUUGUUUAUUUGUUUUUACUCCGGCCCCCUGUCGCUGUGGAAAUACCAAAUUUGCUUGAGUUUUGUUGUUUAACGAGUAUUUUCUGACCCGAAAUGACGGAAAUCAGCGAGAAGGAGAAUGAACCGGGACAAGACCUUCAGCGACCACAGGCUACAGUACCGAGUCAGCCGGAAUCUAAGCUGCAGCGGCUGAAACGCUCCCUGUCCUUCAAGUCUGUCAUGCGCAGCAAGAGUGUGGACAACUUCUUCCAACGCAGCAACGGUGAAUCUCGCCUUCCCACGGCUCUCAUCACCGCGCCCCCACCCCCGCCAUCUCCACCCCCUCUCUCCGAGUCGCCCCUGGCCUACGAGCGCUCUCCCUCCCUUUCCCCCUCUCUCAGUCCCAACCCCUCGCUGUCAUCACACUCACCUUCCAUCAGUCCCUCACUGUCCCUGACCUCCAAAACCCAGCCAAAGCCUCAGGCCCAGCAGCAGCCUGUGAAGACCCACUGUUUCCAAGAGCACGUCUUCCGCAGGCCUACCUGCUGCCAGCGAUGCAAACACAUGAUCCAAGGGAACUCCAAGCAGGCGCUGCGCUGUAAAGCCUGUAAGCUGGGCGCCCACCUCUGGUGCUCGUCUGAGCUCUCCCAGCAGCCCUGCAAUGGAAAGACAGGAGCUUUUAAGCGGAACUUCAGCUCUCCUCUGCUCACCGUCGAUCCGCUGGGUGUGGUCCAAGAGGCCCCCGCCGCCCAGGAGGCAGGAAAUGGCAUUGUUGACCCCGUGUACGAGGCAUUGCGAUACGGGACGUCGCUAGCUCAGAUGAGCCGCUCCAGCUUCGGCAGUAUAUCAGAGUCCCCCUCUCAUGAGACAGAAAGACUGGAUGAGAGACUAGAAAGCCAGCCAAUAGCUGAAGAGGAAACCAUCCCAGGAACGCUCACCCCUCCUGAAAGUGAGAAGGCUGAUUCAGAAGACAGGGUCAGCCUGAAGACCCCCAAGCGAAUGGAGGUCCACUCCAUCCACACCUACGUGGCUCUCUACAAGUUUCUGCCUCAGGAGAAGAAUGACUUGGAGCUGAGGCCUGGUGACAGAAUUCAAGUCACAGAUGACUCCAAUGAGGACUGGUGGAAGGGGAAAAGCAGAGAGAAGGUGGGAUUUUUCCCAGCCAACUUUGUGCAGCGGGUCCGCCCCGGUGAGCGCGUGUGGAAGGUCACUGCCGGUUUCCAUGGCAACCGAGACAAAGGCCAGAUGACUGUGAAAGAGGCCCAGAUCUGUGUGGGGAAGAACGACGAGACUGACGGCUUCCUCCGUUUGAGCAGCGGGAAGAAGCGAGGUUUAGUCCCUGUGAAGUAUCUAGUGGAAAUAUGACAGCAGCGCACCUCCGCCAGAGCCUCGCUUUGAUCUGAAUUUCACUAUGAUGGAGGAAUACUCAGGAGUGUUUACCCAAGACCUCACUGACCACCAACCACCCGGCUCCCUCCCCCCUAAAAAACGGCAGCAAAUUUAGCAAACUGUGGUGGACUUUGGCGCACAAUGGGUCAGCGUGGUUCUGCUGCCCACCACUUGCUUUCCAAUGCAGACGGUAAAGGUUAAGGUUAAAAAGAGGAGGUUGGCUUCCUUUGAGUUCUUUAGAGCUACUUUUACUGUAGCACAACCUUACUUUGUGUGGUUUUAAGCACGCACACACACACACACACACACAUUCAACAGAAAUGUAGCAUAACGUCGAAGAGGAUAGUGUGAAAGAAGUCUGGCUACCUCACUAGCCAUUUCUCUUGGCCGACGGUCUGUUUCAGCCGUGAGAGGAAAGGGGUGCGAAUUACUUUGCUAUGAAGUCAUGGCACGUCCAAGCGAUUUGGAGGACUUUGUGAGAGAAUGACUUGAUUUUUUUGUGUUUUGCGAAAACAAGAUGGAGUGGAAUUUGUCAAAGGCUGUAGCUGUCAACCGUAGUAGCUUGUGCAAAACACACUUUUUCGCUGAUCCUUUUCCUGAACCCUCUAAAUCAGUUUUUGGUAUAGCUGAGGAGGUGAACCACAAAGCGUUGAUGAAGGGAGAGAACGGGUUCAGUGUUGCACUGGUAGACUAUAGUUCAGAAUUUGCAUGUGUGCUAUUUGUAAUAUGACUUGAUGAUUUUGUGUCGCUCAUACUCUGACUGUAAAAGGAUUCAGGUCUUGCAUUGUGUGUAUGUUAUAAAAAAAAUAUCUGUUUUUGCAUUACAUUUUGGUUAAAAGAGUCAUUCCACGCGCACAGCCAGAGGGUUAAUCAUAUUCUGGAGUGCUCUCCUGUGAUUAGAUUACAUUUGAGCUCUUCACAGCUGCAAUGUGUGCGAUGAUUGGAGAGUUUCCCCAAGUGUGCUCUUCAAUCUCACUCUCUUUACACACACACACACACACACACACACAAAUGUUAUAGCUGUUGUCAUUAAGUUCCACGUAACUCUGAGGUAAGCUGCUGGAAUCGUGUCACCGCUGCUGUAUCCUCAGCAUCGUCCAACUGUAUGUGAAGUCCUGUAACGUCCACAUAUCUCAUUUAUGGCUCUGUGAUACUGUGCGUGAGGUCGCUCUGCUGUCUUGACUUUUUGAUGUGCUUUCUUUUUUUAUUUUCUUUCCAAUUAGAGAGCAGAGUAAUCAUCCUGGAUGAUUUAAUUUGUCGAAACACCAAACUCAGCGUCGCCGUCUGUCAACAGAGUGUGUUAGCUGUCAAAAUGUCACUCCCCCCAAAAGGUCAUGCAACUGACUCUAGAAAUUGCUCCAGUUUUUUUUUUUUGUUUUUUUUUUUUAGUGAAAGGCUAAUGUUUCUCCUAGCACACUUAACAGAUAAGUAACUUUGAGGGACUUUUAUUUAUAUUAUAAUGAAAGGUAAUUUAUCAUAAUAAUUAGUGCUAUAUCAUUAGGAACUAUAAGGCAGUGACAAACUGCCUUUGAUGCAGCAAUAACUGUACAUAAAUAUGACUGUAUGUGUAAAUAUCCUUUUAAAAAUACUGUAUUUACCAGGCUCUAAUUGCAUUCUGACCGAGAGAUUUGCAGCUAUCAAGGAGCCAACUAAGGGCAUUAACCGCGCAACCAUAAAUUACAGUAUUGUUGCUUGUCCCACUUCUCUGUGUAUCUCUUUGCUCAAUUAACAUCUAGGCCUAUCAGCACAAAUCUAUUGGAAUACUAUGCACAACAGUUCUAGUCACUCUCUUCAUUUUGUACUCAUGCACUUUUUUUUUGUCCAGUGUAGCCACCAAUGUGUCAGUGUAUACCUGUGCAUUCUCAGUAUGGAUAAACAAGGGUUUGGAGUGCAUUCCAGCUUUGGGAGGACAGUAGCUUUUUAUGAAGUGGCCAUCUUGGAUCAAACUGUACCAUGCUAAUCCUCAAUGUUACCUUUGAUGACUAGAACCAAGAUUGGCUCAGGAUCAAUACUACCCAGGUGAAUUUCCUCCACACUACCAGGCUAGUUCUCUGCAUGGCUAGCUACCCUGUGACCCUGACAACUUUCAAUAAAGUCAGAUGAAUUGUCAA